ACAUUACAUUACAAAAGGAUUCAAAGUUUUUUGAAUGGAAAAUUUACUGUAACCCUAACAUUGAAGUGUUAAAUUAGUGCUUAAUUCAGAAGUUAGUCAACUGUAAUUAUCGUUGCUUUUUAGGUGAAAAAAAACUUCCAGUUCGUGGGUUUACGUAUACUGUCGUCACAAUAUAGAUCGCCUUUUCGAACACGGAGACCGCCAUGUUGGAAUUGUGAGAGCGGAGAGACGAUUGCAGAGUGCACGAAAUAAUUAACGCAAGCAAAGUUUUGCUUUUUUCCUGUGAAAAACUGUAGAAAAAGUGUUGAAAAUUGUUCAUUUUCUAGCUUAAGAGUCAGUGAUUAAAUUGUCAAUAUGUCGCAGGCUCUUCCGAUCCGGUUUCAGGAGCAUUUGCAGCUCACCAACAUCAACAUAAAUCCGAGCUCUAUCUCCUUCACAAACUUGACCAUGGAAUCUGACAAGUUCAUUUGCGUUAGAGAGAAAAUAGGCGAAACGGCGCAAGUCGUCAUCAUCGACAUGAACGAUGCCCAAAAUCCCAUUCGUCGGCCGAUAAGUGCUGAUUCGGCUAUUAUGAACCCGGCUAGCAAGGUCAUAGCUCUUAAAGCUCAAAAGACUCUCCAAAUAUUCAACAUCGAAAUGAAAUCAAAAAUGAAGGCUCAUGCAAUGACCGAGGAAGUCGUCUUCUGGAAAUGGAUUACUCUGAACACCUUAUCUUUGGUGACCGAAACUUCGGUAUAUCAUUGGUCCAUGGAAGGAGAUUCGACUCCAGUUAAGAUGUUCGAACGUCAUUCAUCGUUGAAUGGUUGUCAAAUUAUCAACUAUAGAACCGAUCCCAAGCAGGCUUGGCUGCUCCUAGUUGGUAUUUCCGCUCAGCAAAACCGUGUGAUCGGUGCAAUGCAACUGUACUCAGUGGAGCGUAAAGUGUCUCAGGCAAUCGAAGGCCAUGCAGCAUCGUUCGCGACAUUCAAAAUGGAGGAGAACAAGGAACCAUCUACAUUGUUUUGCUUUGCCGUACGCUCGGCAAAUGCUGCCAAAUUGCAUAUCAUUGAAGUCGGUGCACCGCCAACUGGCAACACUGCUUUCUCAAAGAAAGCGGUGGAUGUCUUCUUUCCACCGGAAGCGCAAAGUGAUUUCCCAGUUGCAAUGCAAGUUUCGCCCAAAUAUGACGUUAUUUAUUUGAUCACCAAAUAUGGGUAUAUACAUAUGUACGAUAUUGAAACUGGAACAUGUAUCUACAUGAACCGUAUUUCGGCGGAUACCAUCUUUGUAACAGCCCCCCAUGAAUCUAGUGGAGGCAUUAUUGGUGUCAAUCGUAAGGGCCAAGUAUUGUCAGUGACAGUGGAUGAGGAACAAAUCAUUCCUUAUAUAAACACGGUUCUGCAAAAUCCCGAUCUUGCUCUUCGUAUGGCCGUCCGCAAUAAUUUAUCUGGUGCAGAAGAUUUGUUUGUCCGCAAGUUUAAUCAUUUGUUCCAGAAUGCCCAAUAUGCUGAAGCUGCGAAGGUCGCGGCCAUAGCCCCCAGAGGAAUACUUCGCACGCCCCAGACAAUCCAAAAAUUCCAACAAGUUCCUGCUCAACCUGGUAGCAGUUCCCCACCAUUGUUGCAAUAUUUCGGCAUUUUACUUGAUCAAGGUAAGCUGAACAAAUACGAAUCUCUUGAACUGUGUAGACCUGUAUUGGCCCAGGGUCGCAAGCAACUUUGUGAGAAAUGGUUAAAGGAAGAGAAGCUGGAAUGUAGCGAAGAAUUGGGUGAUCUUGUUAAACCUUCGGAUCCAACUUUGGCAUUGUCCAUCUAUCUACGUUCAAAUGUUCCAAAUAAAGUAAUCCAAUGCUUCGCGGAAACCGGACAGUUUCAAAAAAUAGUCCUAUACGCAAAAAAAGUUAACUACAGUCCGGAUUAUAUCUUUUUGCUGCGCUCUGUUAUGCGUACCAAUCCGGAACAAGGUGCUGGAUUCGCAAGUAUGUUGGUUGCUGACGAAGAACCUUUGGCUGAUAUUAACCAGAUCGUAGACAUCUUCAUGGAACAGAACAUGGUUCAACAGUGUACCGCUUUUUUGCUAGAUGCUUUGAAGAAUAAUCGUCCAACUGAAGGUUCACUUCAGACCCGUUUAUUGGAGAUGAACUUGUUGUCCGCCCCUCAAGUGGCCGAUGCUAUUCUUGGUAAUGCGAUGUUCACUCAUUACGAUCGAGCUCACAUCGCUCAACUUUGCGAGAAGGCCGGUUUACUGCAGCGUGCAUUAGAACAUUACACGGACUUGUAUGACAUCAAGCGUGCAGUUGUCCAUACGCAUCUGUUGAAUGGAGAUUGGUUGGUAGGAUUCUUCGGUACACUGUCUGUAGAAGAUUCCUUGGAAUGCUUGAAAGCAAUGCUGACUGCCAACAUCCGUCAAAAUUUGCAAAUCUGUGUCCAAAUCGCAACCAAAUAUCACGAACAGUUGACUACGAAGUCAUUAAUCGAUUUAUUCGAGAGCUUCAAAAGCUAUGAAGGAUUGUUCUACUUUCUCGGUUCAAUUGUAAAUUUCAGCCAAGACUCGGAAGUACAUUUCAAGUACAUUCAAGCUGCUUGUAAGACAAACCAAAUCAAAGAGGUGGAACGUAUUUGCCGUGAGUCAAAUUGCUACAACGCGGAACGAGUCAAGAAUUUCCUAAAAGAAGCUAAGCUAACCGAUCAACUUCCAUUGAUUAUUGUUUGUGACCGUUUCGAUUUCGUUCACGAUCUUGUACUUUACUUGUACCGUAACAGUUUACAAAAAUAUAUUGAGAUUUAUGUGCAAAAGGUGAACCCAUCCCGUCUACCGGUCGUUGUUGGAGGGCUGUUAGAUGUCGACUGCUCCGAAGACAUAAUCAAAAAUUUGAUUCUAGUAGUAAAAGGUCAAUUUUCAACGGAUGAGCUUGUGGAAGAAGUCGAAAAACGCAAUCGCCUGAAGUUGCUGCUUCCGUGGUUGGAAUCUCGUGUUCACGAAGGUUGCAUUGAGCCGGCAACGCACAAUGCAUUGGCCAAAAUCUACAUUGACUCAAAUAAUAACCCGGAGAGAUUCCUAAAGGAGAAUCAGUUCUAUGAUAGCCGUGUUGUUGGAAGAUACUGUGAAAAGCGCGAUCCUCACUUGGCUUGUGUUGCUUAUGAACGUGGUCAUUGUGACCGAGAGCUGAUCGCUGUCUGCAAUGAGAACUCUCUCUUCAAAUCAGAGGCCAGAUAUCUGGUACGCCGUCGUGAUGCAGAACUGUGGGCUGAUGUACUGUCAGAAUCGAAUCCUUAUAAACGGCAACUUAUUGACCAAGUCGUGCAAACUGCACUUUCCGAAACACAGGAUCCAGAUGAUAUUUCUGUUACAGUUAAGGCUUUCAUGACGGCUGAUUUACCAAACGAGUUGAUUGAAUUGCUGGAGAAAAUUGUUUUGGACUCUUCAGUGUUUUCGGACCAUCGUAAUCUACAAAAUUUACUUAUCCUGACGGCUAUCAAAGCUGACAGGAGUCGUGUUAUGGAUUACAUCAAUCGGUUGGAUAAUUAUGAUGCACCAGAUAUUGCAAAUAUUGCAAUCAACAACGAGUUGUAUGAGGAAGCAUUCGCCAUCUUCAAAAAAUUCGAUGUCAACACUUCUGCUAUUCAAGUCUUGAUAGAGCAAGUACAUAACUUGGAACGGGCGAACGAAUUUGCUGAACGCUGCAAUGAACCGGCAGUCUGGUCUCAAUUGGCGCGUGCACAAUUGCAACAAGGAUUGGUGAAGGAAGCAAUUGACAGCUAUAUUAAAGCAGAUGACCCUAGCGCAUAUAUGGACGUUGUGGAAACAGCUAGUAAGAAUGAAUCGUGGGAAGAUUUGGUACGUUAUUUGCAAAUGGCACGCAAGAAAGCCCGUGAAAGCUACAUCGAAAGUGAAUUGAUCUAUGCUUACGCUCGAACUGGACGUCUAGCAGAUUUGGAGGAAUUUGUUUCUGGUCCGAAUCAUGCCGACAUUCAGAAAAUUGGUGAUCGUUGUUUCAACGAUAAAAUGUAUGAAGCUGCCAAAUUGCUAUACAACAACGUUAGUAAUUUCGCUCGAUUGGCCAUUACCCUAGUGCAUUUGAAAGAGUUCCAAGGGGCAGUAGAUGGAGCCAGAAAAGCCAAUUCAACCCGUACAUGGAAAGAGGUUUGCUUCGCUUGUGUUGAUGCGGAAGAGUUUCGAUUGGCACAGAUGUGUGGUUUGCAUAUUGUGGUUCAUGCAGACGAACUAGAAGAUUUGAUCACUUACUAUCAAGAUCGAGGUCAUUUUGAAGAAUUGAUUGGGCUGCUGGAAGCAGCGCUGGGAUUGGAACGCGCCCACAUGGGCAUGUUCACGGAGUUGGCUAUACUCUAUUCGAAAUAUAAGCCAGCUAAAAUGAGAGAACAUUUGGAGCUUUUCUGGUCCCGUGUUAAUAUUCCGAAAGUACUUCGUGCCGCAGAACAAGCUCACUUAUGGUCGGAGCUGGUAUUCCUAUAUGAUAAAUAUGAAGAGUACGAUAACGCUGUUUUGGCGAUGAUGGCUCAUCCCACGGAAGCAUGGAGAGAAGGACACUUCAAAGACAUUAUUACCAAGGUAGCAAACAUUGAACUUUACUACAAGGCCAUUCAAUUCUAUCUGGACUAUAAACCGCUAUUGCUGAACGAUAUGCUUCUUGUGCUGGCCCCUCGUAUGGACCAUACACGCUCAGUAAACUUCUUCACAAAACAAGGACAUCUGCAAUUGGUCAAAACAUACCUUCGUUCUGUUCAGAGUCUGAACAACAAGGCAAUCAAUGAAGCGCUCAAUGGUCUUUUAAUUGACGAAGAGGAUUAUCAAGGCCUCAGAACUUCGAUUGAUGCAUUCGACAACUUUGACAACAUCGCUCUUGCUCAAAAGCUCGAAAAACAUGAACUCACAGAGUUUAGACGGAUUGCUGCAUAUUUGUACAAAGGUAACAACCGCUGGAAGCAGAGCGUGGAAUUGUGCAAAAAGGAUCGCCUCUUUAAAGACGCCAUGGAAUACGCAGCCGAAUCCCAUCAAGGUGAACUGGCAGAAGAGCUACUUGGUUGGUUCCUAGAACGUGGUGCGCACGAUUGCUUCGCGGCAUGUUUAUUCCAGUGCUACGAUCUUCUUCGCCCCGAUAUCAUCUUGGAGCUCGCAUGGCGUCAUAAUAUUAUGGACUUUGCGAUGCCUUAUUUAAUACAGGUUACGAGAGAAUACACAUCCAAAGUUGACAGAUUGGAAGUGGCCGACGCUGAGCGACAAAAGGAAGGAGAGAACUCAGAACACAAAUCAAUCAUCCUGCCCGAACCCCAACUGAUGCUAACAGCUGGUCCGGGAAUGGGAAUGCCACAGUACGCCCCGCAAUAUACUGGAGGUUACGUUCCGGCGCAAUCGAAUAUGUCACCAUAUCCGGGAUAUGGUGGCAUGUAAAUUACACAACAACCCACACACGUUCGAGCAUACAUCGUAUUUCAGAAUCCGUUGCUUGACUGUGUUAUCGAUGGACACUAAAAUCGUUUCUUUCUUCUUAAUAACGACUCGCUCGCUAACGUGUAGCGUUCAGUUAAGAUGUAAUUAAGUUAUUCAGAGUCGGGGUCGGACCUGGCCCAGGUUUAAAACCGAAAACGACAUUAUCCCUAUUAUAGCACACUGGGUUCGUGGAUCCAGACCCCACCGAAAUCAUUUCGUUUUCACCUAGGCAUACAAAAGAAGAUAUAUUAUCGCAUAUAUAGAAAGAAUAUUAAGAUAUAUCAAUUAUACCAUUAACCGAAGACUUCGGAUACUAUAUUUAUUAUUUUGUUAAUAUAUGUUUACAUUAAUACCUACAUUAUGUUAGUCAUAUUUAAUAAAACUAUGAUAAAAAAUAAAAAUAAUGUCCAUCUUUAAAGCGAAUUUUCUCUACUAAAAACAAUCACAGGUCACAGAAAAGAGACUACACAAAAACAGAUGUUCAGUAUACAAUUAAAUGCAUCUUUUCUAUAUUAUUGCUUACGUUUUCUUUGAAUAUUGAUUCGUAUCUAUUGCACAGAUCGAUGGAAGCCCAAAAACAAGUGCACUGUCCCCACAAUAACGGGUCCCACAUUAUUACUAAAACAAUCAUUUAUUUAUUUAUUUAAAUAAAUAAAUAAAUAAAUUAUGAGUAAUUUCCAUUUGAACACCAUGAAAAGUGGAGGGACUAUUUAUUGUUACAAUGUGACCGAAUUAUGUGGGGACAGGGCGAUGACCUAGAACUUUGAAAUACAAAUUUUAGAUGGUCAAACAAGGGUAGUACAAGUUAUAUUGAAAAAAAUAAUAAUAAAAAUUCAAAUUCCAAUUAUUGAAAACCAGUAUUUCAAAUGCAACAAGACAAUAUGGUGAUAGAUAUUGUCUUUAGUACGGUUAGUUCAUUAUAACUAUGUGUGAAUUAUACAAUAUGAAAAUAUUUCUGUGCCUGUGACUGUUUCUAUCAUACAGCAAACAUCGUUGAUGAAUUAAUAAGCAGUGACGAGUUGAUAAAAAAAUAUUUUCGGUAAAAGUUAAUGUUUCAUAAAUUUAUAUUUUGUAAAUAUAUUCAAAUUAAAAAAAAAACUUACAAAAUUAAAAAAGGAAGAAUAUAUAUAACAAGCAUGUAGUUAAUUUUAAUAAUCCAAAUCGUUAAACAAUGAUAAAAUAAACAAGAUUCCAAGAAGCAGUAUAUAUACUUAAA